AUGGUCCAUAUCUCGCUGCCGCACCGCCUCAGCGGUCUGCCCAAGAGGGACAAAGAGUCUGCCUCUACGACGGGCAGCACCCAAAACAGCAGGAGACCAAGCCCGUCGCGGGGACCUAGUCAAGCCUCAAGCAUCUACAGUGUUGAAAAGCCUCUGAUACUCCGAGUAUAUGUCAUCAAGGGUCGCAACCUUGCUGCCAAAGACAGAUCAGGCACCUCGGAUCCAUACCUGGUGGUGUCAUUGGGACGAGAAAGACAGCAGACGCCCUACAUCAGCAAGACUCUAGAUCCAGAAUGGAAGAUCUGCCUCGACAUGCCACUGACGGAUGUGCCCCUCGUAGAGUUUGUCUGCUGGGACAAGGACCGUUUCAAGAAAGACUACAUGGGCGAGUUCGACAUUGCAGUUGAGGAACUGUUCAACAAUGGCAAGAUCCAAACAGACCCCAUGUGGUUCAAGCUCAAGUCAAGGAGACGAGAAGGCAAGCGCCAGGACAUUGUUUCGGGCGAAGUCCAAGUCCGCUUCUCCCUGAUCGACUCAGCCAACCCGUCCGCAUCCCCGGAGGAGAUCCUUAAGAAGUUCCGGACCGUUCUGAAGAUGGCAGAGGAGGAUGACGAUCUCUCACGCGUCUCAACCAACGCCGAUGACGACGAUGAUAACGAGAGCCUCGCUGACGACCUGGACGAUACCACAGAGCAGGAACUUGGACCAACAACGUCAGGAUCGAUGAGUGUACGCGAUUAUGAUUUCCACGGAACAGCGAAAGACGUUGCGGGCGUUAUCUUCCUUGAGAUCGUCAAAGUUACAGAUCUGCCUCCAGAGCGCAACAUGACACGGACUUCCUUCGACUGUGAUCCAUUCGUUGUGACUGCCCUCGGCAGGAAGGUCAUGCGUACCAGAGUCAUUCGUCACAAUCUAAACCCGGUCUUCAACGAGAAGAUGGUCUUCCAGGUGAACACAAACGAGACUGGCUACUCCCUGACCUUCAGCAUCAUGGAUAAAGACAAUAUGUCAGGCAAUGACUUUAUUGCAUCCGCUUCUUUCGCCGUCCCAACACUUGUUGCUACCGCGCCCAGCCAAGAUCCAGACACAGGUCUGUAUGAUCUUCCUGAACCGCCAGAAUAUUCACCCGCUGUCCAGAAGAAGGAAGGCAGAUCCCGAUUCCGGAUACCUCUGUCACGCAGUGCGUCUACUCAGAGUCUAACAAAGGCCGCCCGGCCCAGCCCCAAACGCGAUGACUCUUCCUUCUCGGUCAAAAAUGGCAUGUUCGGUGAACCUUCACCUCCAGAGCCAUCAAUGCUCGCUGCCACAAGUGCUGCGGCGCCUGUUGGGAUCGCAGCCCCUACUAGCAGUCCAUACAAUGGCGGGAACGGUGGCAACGGAGCGUCGAGCCGGGACGAUAUCACGACUGAAGAAUCAGGCCUCGAGAUGUACGACAUUCCUUUGGUUCUGAAGAACAAGGAUCGGUGGGAAGCCAAACAUACGCCCAUGAUGCAGAUCAAAGCUAAAUUUGUUCCAUACACGGCGCUACGCCAGCAAUUCUGGCGAGCCAUGCUGAAGCAGUAUGAUGCCGAUGACAGCCGCCGGAUCAGCAGGAUCGAGCUAUCGACCAUGUUGGAUACUAUCGGAUCGACUUUGAAAGAGUCCACAAUCGAUGGCUUCUUCGAACGCUUCGCGAAAGAAAACGAGGCUUCUGGACUGGACGACCUGACCUUUGACCAGGCAGUCAUCUGUCUUGAGGACGCCCUCGAAAAGACAGCCUCACGAAAGGAGACCUUGGCCGAGAAGGCUGUGCGACUGGUUCACAAGCCUUCGAACGCGUCCAACACCACCGGGUCCAGUUCAAGUGAAGAGAUCCUGAACAUAACGCAUCCUUCUGCCGUGCCUGCAUUGGAGCCUUCGGGCGAGAUCGGUCAGACCUCGGUGAUGGACAGAACUACAAGCCAUGAUUUGGGCGACGAAGCCGAAGAGGAGCAUGUUAUUGACGUCCGUGAAUGCCCAAUCUGUCAUCAGCCAAAGCUCCAUAAGAGAACGGAUGCCGAAAUCGUCCUGCAUAUUGCAACAUGUGCCAGUGCCGACUGGAGGCAGGUCAACAAUCUUGUUAUGGGCGGCUUCGUGACACAGUCGCAAGCUCAGCGCAAGUGGUAUUCCAAAGUCAUCACGAAGAUCAGCUAUGGUGGCUACAAGCUUGGUGCUAACAGCGCAAACAUUCUCGUUCAAGAUCGGAUCACGGGACAAAUCAACGAGGAGAGAAUGUCUGUCUAUGUUCGACUUGGCAUCCGCGUGCUCUACAAAGCUCUUGGCUCUCGAGAGAUGGAGCGGAAACGCAUCAAGAAGAUGCUGAAAUCGUUGUCAGUCAAGCAAGGCAAGAAAUACGACGAUCCUGCGUCUGCAUCGCAGAUCGAGGGAUUUAUUGCAUUCCAUCAGCUCAAUAUGGACGAAGUUCUGCUGCCGACCUCGGAAUUCCGGAACUUCAAUGAGUUUUUCUAUCGCGCUCUCAAGCCAAAUGCGAGACCUUGCUCCGCCCCUGAUCGUCCGGAGAUCAUUGUGUCGCCAGCGGACUGUCGCUCGGUUGUGUUCAACACCAUUGAUGACGCCACAAGCAUUUGGGUCAAGGGAAAAGACUACAGCAUCUCUCGCCUGUUCGGUGAUGCCUACCCGCUCGAUGCGAAGCGAUACCAGGGUGGUAGCAUGGGCAUCUUCCGGCUGGCCCCGCAGGACUAUCAUCGAUUCCAUAUACCAGUCGAUGGAGUGCUCGGUACGCCCAAGACGAUCGAAGGAGAAUACUACACUGUCAACCCCAUGGCCAUUCGUUCAGCGCUGGAUGUGUAUGGUGAGAACGUGCGUGUGGUAGUCCCAAUUGACAGCGUUGCUCAUGGUCGAGUAAUGUAUGUCUGUAUUGGCGCCAUGAUGGUGGGCAGCACUGUCAUCACACGUAAACCAGGUGAGAAGGUGAAGCGCGCUGAAGAGCUCGGGUACUUCAAAUUUGGCGGCUCGACCAUUCUCGUCUUCUUCGAGCCGGGCAAGAUGGUUUACGACGAUGAUCUGAUCGCAAACAGCAAAGGCGCUCUAGAAACGCUGGUUCGCGUUGGCAUGUCCAUUGGCCACUCUCCUCACGUCGACUCUCACAAACCAGAUAUGAAGAAAGAGAACAGCGAAGUCACCGAUCGAGAAAGAGAAGAGGCUAAACGUCGCAUCGAGGGCAGCAUGGCACCAGACAGAAACGUACCAAAGAUCGCUAUGUGA